UCACGCACGUAUACGUGCAUUCUCUUCAAUGUCGUUCAGUUGCAUCCGAGAAGACGAUAUUGCCACUCGUGCAAUAUAUUCAUUGGGCUUUCCUCCACCGACUUUUUUCCCCGAGAACACACACACGCUCGUUUCAAGGUAGGCUGCACCGGGACAAAUUCCUUCCGAAGGUGGUACAAUUUUCAAACACGGUGAGAUUCGCGAACAGAGGAAGAAAAUGGGUAAGAAUUUGGACGCGUUGAAGGAAGCGGGGGACCAUUUUACCGAAGAAACGUUGAAAAAGAUCGUGGCUGCGGACAAGGGGAUCGACCAGGGAGUAGUCGAAAUUUUGUCGUGGGACGUCGAGACCAUAAGCGGCAAAGGGGACAAUUAUUUGUCGGUGGUGAACAAAGUGCGGGUCGAGAGCAAAGCGAAGGACCAAGUGCUGGAGACGAGGCUUAUCGUCAAGUCUUUGCCGAGGAACUUGUUCCGAAGGAAGCUCUUGAGGAGUUCCGAGUACUUUGGCAACGAAAUCACGUUUUACGACAAGAUCGCAACAAAGUUCAAAUCGUACUUGUCGGCCAAGGAGCAAGACCACUUGCUGUGCAUACCGCGAUGCUACGCUUAUCACUUAGACGGAGAAAACGACUUCAUAGCACUGGAGGACGUCACUUGCAGGGGAUACGACUCCAUACCCCGCCAGAGCUGUCUCUCGUACGGGGAGUGCAAGCAGUUUUUGGAGGCGAUGGCUCGCUUCCACGGGAUAUCCUUUGCCUUCAAGGACGAGAGGAAAGAGGAAUUCGACGGGCUGUCCUCGCUGUUGAGCGAGACUUUUUACCGGACCGACGUCUACGAAACCUCGCUGAAAUUGUUUUACGACGACCUGUUCAGAGUGGCCAAAGACGCACUGACCAAGGAGUAUCCGGGAAGCGAAGGAGAGGCCGUUUUCAAUGCCUGUCAGCCUGACGAUUUGUUCGAGAAGACAGUGGAGAUGUGCACCAGCCCGAACACCGAGACCUCGGUGAUAAGCCAAGGUGACACUUGGGCGCCGAAUUUCAUGGUCCGCAGAGUUGAGUCUGGCCAGCCCGACGUCCUUAUCAUCGAUUUCCAAAUUGCGCGGUGCGCCAGUCCAGUGCUCGAUGUCAUUUUCUUCAUCUACCAGUGCACUGACAAAUCGGUGAGGGAGGGCUGCUGGGCGGUGCUUCUGGACGACUAUUAUACAGAAUUGUGUAGAACCAUGGAGGUGUUGGGAGCCGAUCCGGAUAAAUUGUACCCAAAGGACGUUUUUCGGGACGAGGUACAAAAGUACGGAUUGUACGGAUUGAUGUUCGCUUUGGUGAACAUACCUUUGAGCCUCGUGUCGGAAAAUCAGGUGUUUGAUUUGGAUUCGAUAAAGGAAGAGGUAGCGGACAUUGGGGAUUUGGACAGUAUGCCGAAUUUGGAGAAAUCCGAGGACAGAAGGCGCCUUGCCGACGUCAUUUUACACGCUGUGGAAAAAGGAUACAUAUAGAACAAGGCUGGACAGUAGCAGCAGCAUCAGGAGCAGAAGCUUCAGCAGCAUGUUUCGAGGUUAUGUUGACCGUGCCUGAUGCAUCGGC